AUGAGCCGUGCACUCACGCCGUACCGCGAGUUGCAGCUCCCGCACCCGCCGGCGCUGCUCUACAACAACCUGCAGCUGCACCAAAGUGGGACGUACGUAUCGUACGCAGCGGACUCCGCUGUGUACACAAUUCGGUCGUCGACAGGGGCUCUGUGCUUUAGCCCCCUUCGCUUUCCCGGUGGUCACGUACAUCACCUCGCAUCCUUGCAGGAUGAUGCAGAGCAGAACAUCAUUCUAAUCAUUGUCCUCUCCACACGUGUGGCUGUUAUCGCUGUGAAUGGGCAGCAGACCCACAUGCUGCCGGUGAAGGACGACCAUGUGACGCUGACCUGCGCAGCUGUGGUGCGUGUGGCAGGGAAGAACGAGAUGGUGGUUGCGGUCGGCUCAUCAGAUGGAAUACCGCUGUGCAGCCGCUACACCCUCCAAGGGCAGCCCGUGCCAUCCGUGGAGCUCACCAUGCCAGUGCAAGCGCACGCGAGGCGCAGCAUCACGGCCUUGGAUCUCGAAGCUGUAGGAGAGGCGUCGCAAGUGGAGAUGGCGUCGGGCGACUCCGGCGGCCACGUUGUACUCUGGGCUGACAACAACCCCACACUCACGAUUCCACCUGAGAGCGAAACAGAUGCUGUCACGUGCCUGCGACUGGUCGCCGCCCGCAAUGCUGUCGCUGUGGCGUACGGUGGGGGACAAAUCAGGCUCAUUCAGUGCAGUAGCGGUGCCGUCAUAAUCAAUAUUCAGGCCCACUCCCGCUGGAUCAACACACUGGUCUACAGCGCUGCCCAGCACUGGCUGGUGUCUGGCGCCGAGGAUGGGCAACUAUCGGUAUGGGAUGUCACCUCCGCUAAUCCGACUAGCGUCUGCCUGGCGAGCGGUGCCGUGCGGAAUGAACUCCCCACCGGACUGGCCUUCCUGGGGGACCAGGGUGCUCUUCUUGUUGCGUCGUACGAUGUAGCCAAGCUUCGCUUCUUCUCUACUCCCUGUAAGGGACGGUAA